AAAGGCACAGGGAGAACCCGGUCUCCUGGGCUCCCCAAACAAGCCCAGAGGUCCGUGUGUGUCGGUGCUGUGGGGCCAGGCCGCGAGCUACCUAGGACAAUGAGCUUCCAGACACUACGGCCUGUGUGAAAACCAGAAGCCCGGGGCUCCUCCAUUUCCUUGCCCUUGCCCUGGUCAAGCCUGCAUUAGGAUGUCAGGGGCCUCCCAGGAGAGUCUGGGGCCCCGGGAACUGCCGGUGUUGGGCAAGGCCUGCUUAACCACCAUGGACAGAAAGCUUAACAUGUUGAAUGAGAAGGUGGAUAAACUCUUGCAUUUCCAAGAAGACGUCACAGAGAAACUGCAGUGCGUAUGCCAAGGCAUGGGCCACCUGGAGCAAGGGCUGCACAGGCUGGAGGCCUCCCGGCUGCUGGGCCCAGUGGGGGCCGACAGUGCCCUUCCGGCUGACACGCAGGCUGGGUGGCCCGAGGUCCUGGAGGUGGUGAGGGCCGUGCAGCAGGAGGCCACCCAGCACGGCGCCAGGCUUGAAGCCCUCUUCAGGAUGGUGGUGGCUGUGGACAGGGCCAUCGCUUUGGUGGGGGCCACGUUCCAGAACUCGAAAGUGGUGGAUUUCAUCAUGCAAGGGAGCGUGCCUUGGAGGAAAGGUGGCAUGGCUGACUCCGAGGAGAGCAAAGAGCGAGUUGAAGAGAAGGGAGCAAAACCCAAGCAUGCGUUAAGCACCAGAGGUGUACAAGCCGACAUCAGGGGCCCCUGGGAAGAGAGCCAGAAGGCUGACCUGCCAGAGGGGACAGUGGAGAGAUUGCACCCCGUCAGCGCCUCAGGGAUGGGAGCUGGCUUCCUCACACAGGCGGGGGCCUCACCAGGGCAGGGAGAUGGAGUUCCUGGCUCAGGCCAGGUGCCCCCUGAUCACCUGCAGCUGCCCCCAGACACAGAAGCCAAAGCUCCCACGACAUCCAGCGAGAACCCCAGGACUGACCCGGAACUGGCUGUGGCACCCGACAGGAUCAGUGAAGUUCCUGCCAGCCAGGAGGCUGCUCCAAGUGCUGGGCGAGGAACAUCGCCCAGCAAACCUGGGCCACAGCCCUCAGAGGAGGCCAUGAAGCUGACUUCAGGGUCCAGGCCCCAGCCCUCAGGGCUCCCAGGGCUCCCAGCUGUGGUCAGGACAGCUCCCAGUGCUGGAGAAACAUCUCCAAGGAUCUCCAUCCACGUGCAAGAGAUGGAUACUCCUGGGGAGCUGCUGGUGACCCGAGGGGGCAGCCCCAGAUCCACACCCCCUGCAGAGGCUGCAGCGGCUGCCCCACUCGGGCCCAGGUGCUGCCCCCAAGACCCUGGGACUCAGUCAGGAGAACAGACCCCCAGAGGAGCCAGAGAGCUUCCCUCCCUGCAGGAGAGGAGCAGCGAUGGGGCUGCAAAAGCAGAGGAGGAGCAAGGGCCUGGGGCCGAGGCGGUCAUGGCGCCACACUCAGCCAGCAGGAACACAGGAGACAAUGCUGCUGGAGACCUGGGCCUGCUGCAGGACAAAGGCCCAGGAGCAGGACACCCUGAGCCCAGGAAGGACUGCACAGCUGGGGCCUCUGGGAGAGGCGAAGCAGAAGGGAGAACGCCCCCCGGUGCCGAGGCUGGCGGCGUGAUUCUGGAUGACAGUCCAGCCCCGCCUGCCCCUUUUGAACACCGGGUGGUGAGCGUUAAGGAGACGUCGAUCUCAGCGGGUUACACAGUGCGCCAGCAUGAAGUGUUGGGCGGGGGCCGAUUUGGCCAGGUCCACAGGUGCACAGAGAAGUCCACCGGCCUUUCACUGGCAGCCAAGAUCAUCAAAGUGAAGAGUGCCAAGGACCGGGAGGAUGUGAAGAAUGAAGUUAACAUCAUGAACCAGCUCAGCCACGUGAACCUGAUCCAGCUCUACGAUGCCUUCGAGGGCAAGCACAGCUGCACGCUGGUCAUGGAGUAUGUGGACGGAGGUGAACUCUUCGACCGGAUCACGGAUGAGAAGUACCACCUGACGGAGCUGGACGUGGUCUUAUUCACCAAGCAGAUCUGUGAGGGGGUGCAUUACCUCCACCAGCACUACAUCCUGCACCUGGACCUCAAGCCAGAGAACAUACUGUGUGUCAAUCAGACAGGACAUCAAAUUAAGAUCAUUGACUUUGGCCUGGCCAGAAGGUACAAGCCACGGGAAAAGCUGAAGGUGAACUUUGGUACUCCGGAAUUCCUGGCCCCAGAAGUUGUCAACUACGAGUUUGUCUCCUUCCCCACGGACAUGUGGAGCGUGGGCGUCAUCACCUACAUGCUACUCAGUGGCUUAUCCCCGUUUCUAGGGGAAACAGAUGCAGAGACCAUGAAUUUCAUUGUGAACUGCAGCUGGGAUUUUGACGCGGAGACCUUUGAAGGGCUGUCGGAAGAGGCCAAGGACUUUGUUUCCCGGCUGCUGGUCAAAGAGAAGAGCUGCAGGAUGAGUGCCACACAGUGCCUGAAACACGAGUGGCUCAAUCAUUUGCCUGCCAAAGCUUCCAAAUCCAAAGUUCGCCUCAAAUCCCAACUACUGCUGCAGAAGUACACGGCCCAGAGAAAAUGGAAGAAACAUUUCUACGUGGUGACUGCUGCCAACAGGCUAAGGAAAUUUCCAACGUGUCCCUAAUCUUCAACUCAGCUGCUCCAACAGGCCUAGAGAUUAUUGAGGGCAGUGGUGAAGUGAAGAGAUGACUUGGCAUAAUCGGGCCUAAAUAUUGAUUCCACUUGUUUUGUAAAACAGGUUAUGACUGUGGCCUUCAUUGCAGAUAGAAAGUGGCUGUAGGGAAUGCACGCUGAGGGCUUUGGUUCUGCCUUGUAAGAGCCCGAAGUUUGAAAUGCUGUGUUUAUUUACUUUCCAAGUACACCUAUUUUUGGUGAUAAGUAGGCAUGCUUUAGAUAGGUAGGAAAGUGGAGUUUAAAUUAUAAACUUACUGUGAUUAAAGAACUUAGCAGGCUUUUCUGCAGGGGCACGCUAUUCAGUAUUAUCUCUUCCAGUACAAGGAAGUCCUAGAAUUUCGAUUUGCUUAGGUGUGAACUGACAUUUGCUUGUAUUACCCUGCCAUAGUGUCAACCAUUGUGGAUUUAGAACAGUGAUCCUUGAACUUGUUUAACUUGGGCUCCCUUUUGAGAAUCAGCAUCAAUGUGCAUCCUCUAAUAUUGUUUCACAUUUCAAAAUAUAUCCACUCUAAAUGUGAACAAUUAGAAUUAAAGGAAAAUUUUAAACUCUAUAUGCACCUCCUGCCUCCAACCCAAUUCUUCACCAUGAUGACCACCCCCCUCCUCUCCCCUCCACCCCCGCCUUCUUGGUCACAAGCUUCUGGUCUUGCAUGUUGUUGGGUGUGGGCCCAAAUAAAAGUCAUGUCCACACUCUUAUCCAGCAAUUCCAGUUCCAUUUCUGGAUAUGUAUCCCUCAGUACUUGCACAAGUAUAGAGAUUUAUGCAAAAUGAUGUUUCCUAUAGCACUAUUGCUAAUGGCCCAACAGAAAUAAUCAACAUGUGCCUGUCAGCUUGGGCUUAGUUAAAUGAAUUUUGCUAUAUCCAUGUAGUAGAAUACCUUGCAGUGGUUAAAGAUAGAUCCAGAUGUACUGAAGGGCAUUUUUUCAUUAUCAAAAUGAUAGAACAUAUAUGUGGUAUCAUCCCAUCUGUGCAGAAACAUAUGCUUCCAUGUACAUUAAAAAUUCUAGGAUAUGCAGAAGAACAGUGGGGUAUAAAAAGUGGGUGACUGGGAGAGAGAGAAAACCACUUUUCACUUCAUAACUUUCUGAACCAUUUGAAUAUUUUGUUUCUUUUUUAAAUGAGCAUGUACUGCUUUUAUAAUUAAAAAUUAGCAACUCAAUGUCAAGUGUGGACUUUGUUUUGACCCUGAUUUGAGCAAACAAUAAAAAGAUAUUUUAGAAACUUA